AUGCUCUCCCGCAUUCCCCCACAAUCCCACAAUGGCUACGCCGAAUUUCAUGAGUACGGCCAGAGGCCGGACAUGCUGAAUUCGCAGUCGCAGUCGCAAUCGCAAUCCCAGCAGCUCUCCUCAAUCCUCCACUCAAACCAACAGUCUUAUGAGUCGGAUUCCAAUCUACAGGCAGGCCGCAAGAGGAGGGAAUCCGAACUGGACGGCAGCGUUGUCAACGAUGCCUCGGCAGCAGUUCGCCGCAGAAUCAGUCGAGCCUGCGACCAGUGUAACCAGCUGCGCACAAAAUGCGAUGGAAAACAACCAUGUGCCCACUGUACCGAUAAUUCUUUGGUGUGUGAGUACGCACGAGCUCACAAAAAGCGAGGAAGGGCACCCAAGAAGGAGGCAGAUCAGAACGAGGAGUCGGCCAUUGCGAAUGUUCCGCCCACAUCAAAUCCUGCGAGCAUGAGGCAAGAUGUUGGUGUCAGGAAAUAUUCCAACACUUCAUACACCACACGAGAUUCCCUGGUCGACAUAGUUGACGCCAACGGCAUGCCCUCCAACCACACUCCACCAAGUGCGACAUUUGACACAGGCCACCACCCCCAGAACAAUUUCUUCGCCGGUUUUGACCCUACAACGGGCAUGGGCAUGAACAAUGGUGGUCCAAUGCAUGAGAUAGACCAGUCUUUGGUACCCCAGAUCGCACAACCCCGAACCAUCGAUUUUGCUGUUCCCUCCCAAGCAUACCCUGCACCGUCUCUCGACUCUAUGCACGUCCAAGGCGCUACCCAAGGUUUCGGCUUUCCUUUGGGGGAUGACUACUCGGUAGCGUUCAUGGGCAAGGCGCCUAUGGUUGAGUCGCCGGACUGGUUAGCCCUGACCUCUCCCAUGUUCAUCAACGAACCCAUGCCAACCCAACCGCGCAUUACCGAUACCCUCCGGUACCCUGUCCUGCGCCCUCUCCUCCCUCAUAUCGAGCCUAUCCUUCCACAAGCUCUAGCAUGCGAUCUCCUGGAACAAUACUUCACCAGUUCCACCUCGGCCUAUUUACGACCUGCCAACCCGUACGUGCUUGGCUAUAUCUUCCGCAAAAAGUCCAUCCUACACCCUACUGAUCCUCGGCCAUGUACGCCUGCGUUAUUAGCCAGCAUGCUCUGGACGGCUGCGCAGACCAGUGAUGCCGCUUUCUUGACGAAUCAAUUGGACGCUCGGGCUAGGAUAUGUCAACGGCUCCUUGAAUUGACCAUCAACAUGCUGAAGCCGUUAAUUCACAGUCACCCAAAUACGUCUGCACAUACCCCUACCUCAAGUUAUCCGCACCUACCGCACAAUGACGCAGCACUCGGCGCGCUGGUCGUGCCAUCGCAGGCGAAUGGUCACGGAACUGACCGUGCACAAGUCGAUAAUUUGGCCACCUACAUCCACCUCGCUACCGUAGUUUCGGCAAGUGAAAGGAAGGCGGCCAGCCUGAGAUGGUGGAACGCUGCUUGGUCGCUCGCCAGGGAGAUCAGACUCGGUCGUGAGCUGCCGCCCAACCCUGCCGAGGAGGACGGCGAAGAGAACAGUGCCACGGACGGCCAUACUGUGGACGGCCGCAAAAGUUCCACCGACGAAAAUCGUCGGAAGCCCAGGGGCUAUGUGUCCGAAGAGGAGAGAGAGGAACGACGACGGACGUGGUGGCUCUUGUACAUGCAAGACCGACAUUUGGCAUUGUGCUACAAUCGACCCAUGUUCUUUCUCAACAAGGAAUGCGAAAGUUUACUGCAACCGCUGGAUGAUGAUGCUUUUCAAGCAGGCAAAUUCGAGCGGGCGUCGGAUCCCGCUCGUCGAAGGCGAGGAUUAAACAUUGAAUGUACCUCCCAUAGUGUGUUUGGCUAUUUCCUGCCUCUGAUGGUCAUUCUGGGAGAGAUUCUGGAUCUCAAUCAUGCGCGUAACCGCCCUCGGUUUGGUCCCAGAGCGAACAAGGCCAAGAACUGGGAUGAGCAUACCGAAGAAAUUGUUCAGCAACUGGAGACCUAUGGGCAAAGCUUGAAGGACUUUGAGGCUUCCGGCGGCCACCUCCCAGAAAUAAGCCACAAUGAUGUUGUGACGCCCUCGGUUGUCUCCGCUGGAACCAACGAGUCACACAGUGCUUCGGAACUGGCUUUGCAGACCAAAACAGUGGUGGCAUAUGGCACGCACAUCAUGCAUGUGUUGCACAUUCUGCUGACCGGGAAGUGGGAUCCUAUUGCUUUGCUGGACGAUAACGAUCUGUGGAUCUCGUCACAAUCGUUUGUCACGGCGACUGGCCACGCCGUUAGUGCUGCGGAAGCCGUGGCUGAGAUUAUCGAGAAUGAUCCCGACUUGAGCUUCAUGCCGUUCUUUUUCGGUGUAUAUUUGCUUCAGGGCAGCUUUUUGUUACUGUUAUUCGCGGACAAGCUCCAAGGCGACGUGAGUCCGGAUGUGGUCAAGGCUUGUGAAACCAUCGUCCGGGCUCAUGAAGCUUGCGUCGCCACAUUGGAUACUCAAUAUCAGCGCAAUUUCCGCAAGGUCAUGAGGUCUGCGCUACAGCAAGUCCGAGGGCGCAUUCCGGAAGAUCUAGCUGAGCAGCAACACUGGAGGCGUGAGGUGCUCGCCUUGUACAGGUGGACGGGCGACGGUACAGGUCUUGCUUUGUGA